GUUCCCAUCAGAAUCGAAUAUGCAAGUUUCCAAAAUUAGUGUUCUUUCGAUGAGUUACAACUUUCUAAUGACGUGCAAAUCGAGAUAUUAAACGAAAAAUCAUCAACAAAUCAAAUAUUUAUAUACACACUCCUUUGUGUGCACCGCCAUACAUCUGUUAUUCUGUUAAACACUCGAACAGAAAAAGGUUAAAGUAUGGACUAAGCAAGUCCCAUAACUUCUAUACAUACGUUUGUAACUAUAUUUUUGUCUGAAAAUUUAAUUUUGACAGUGGAAAAUGGGAAAAUCCCAUAUUGUUCUGUUUUAUUCUGCUCUGUUUCUUGUUUCAUUUAUCAAUAAUGGAGCCUUGGCUGCCAGAAAAACCCCAGAUGGAUCAGAACAGUGGGGAUAUGUUGAAGUCAGACCUAAAGCUCACAUGUUCUGGUGGUAUUACAAAAGUCCACUGAGGACUCAAGAUCCAAACAACCCAUGGCCAGUGAUUCUGUGGUUGCAGGGUGGACCUGGAGCCUCAGGAGUUGGGAUUGGGAAUUUUGAGGAGGUUGGGCCGUUGGAUACUUUUCUCAAGCCGAGAAAUUCGACAUGGUUGCAAAAGGCUGACCUCUUGUUUGUGGAUAAUCCAGUUGGGACUGGAUACAGUUUUGUGGAGGAUGAUGGUUUGUUUGUGAAAACCGAUGUAGAGGCUGCCACGGAUUUGACUACAUUGUUGAUUUCAGUUUUCAAUCAAGACAAAGUGCUUCAGAAGAGCCCUUUGUAUAUAGUAGCGGAGUCUUAUGGAGGAAAAUAUGCAGUUACCCUUGGAUUAUCAGCUCUGAAGGCUAUUGAAGCCGGAAAGCUGAAAGCCAAACUUGGAGGAGUUGCUUUGGGAGAUAGUUGGAUAUCACCAGAAGACUUUGUGUUUUCAUGGGCUCCUCUUCUUAAAGAUGUUUCAAGGCUUGACAGUGAAGGUGUAGUUAAGUCAAACAGUCUUACUCAGAAAAUCAAACAGCAGAUCGAGAAAGGACAAUUUGAAGCUGCAACUAAUACAUGGAGUGAACUUGAGACUGUUAUUGAAACUUACAGUAAUUCUGUGGAUUUCUAUAAUUUCCUCUUGGAUUCUGGAAUGGAUCCCGUGUCUGCAACAGCCUCUGAGCUAGCUCAGAAAAUCACGUUGAAGCGAUACUCAAGAUAUCUCGGUCCUUUAAGAGCUGUGCCAGGGGGUGAUGGUGAUCUAAACACUUUAAUGAAUGUUGUUCUUAGGAAAAAACUCAAGAUAAUUCCGAAAGAUGUGCAAUGGGGAGGGCAGUCAAAUUCCGUUUUCGAUGCUCUUGCAGGGGACUUUAUGAGACCAAGGAUCAAUGAGGUUGAUGAGCUUUUGGCCAAAGGAGUGAAUGUGACAGUUUACAAUGGACAAGUUGAUGUAAUUUGUUCAACAAAAGGAACUGAAGCAUGGGUUGAAAAGCUAAAGUGGGAAGGCAUAAAAACUUUCUUGAGCAUGAAAAGAACUCCAAUGUACUGUGACAAUGAGCAAAUUACCAAGGGAUUCACCAAGUCUUACAAAAAUUUACACUUCUACUGGAUUCUCAAGGCUGGCCACUUUGUACCCGUAGAUCAGCCCUGUAUUGCGCUCAACAUGGUGGGUAACAUGCUCAAGCAGUAGGAGAAGAAUGAAGAACAGAGUACUCCCCACCAUCACAUGAUUAAAUAUUUACACGUAACAACACUUGUAUACGCAACCCGUUUAAAAAGAUUUAUACACAUUUCAGAUCACACGAGUGAGUUCAUCGGCCAAAUCACUGAUGAGUCAGGCCAAACAGUUCCGGAUGUUUCAUUGUUUUGUCGUAAUAAAAUACCCCACUACAUAUUUUUUCCCCCCA